CAGAUAACAUCAGCACUAUGACAGAGAGAAGAAUCUGUCACUAUCCUCACUCAGAAGGCUUUUAUACAAUACUUUUGUUAGAGGAAUGAAAGGAAAAUAUAAUUUGCAAUGACUCUUGCCAGUUUCUUGGUUUUCCUUUGCCUUGUGAGUGGUACAUUUCAAUUGCAGUCUCUGGAUGACACAGAGAAAUUUUGGACAGAAGAUGCUUCUACUGGUGUACUCUAUCAAAUAAACUCAGAAUCAGCUCUAACAUGGCAUCAAGCAAGGAAAAGCUGUCAGGAUCAAAAUGCAGAACUAUUAAGCAUCACGGAGAUACAUGAGCAAGAAUAUGUAGGAGAGCUAAUUAAAAAAUUCAGUUUUGCAUUAUGGAUUGGAUUGAAUGCUUUGAAUUUCAACAGCGGAUGGCAAUGGGCUGGGGGCAGUCCUUUCAGAUAUUUAAACUGGGCUCCAGGAAGUCCAUUCCCAGCUCCUGGGAAAAUCUGUGGCACAAUGAAUCCCAGACAGAAUGCUAAAUGGGAAAACGAAGCAUGCAACCAGAGAUUUGGCUACAUCUGUAAAAAAAGAAAAGUCAGUUCCAAAUUUGAUAAUAUAACCAAAGAGGAAAUGAGACAUAUUAAAUGUGCAGAACAUUGGUGGCCAUAUGCAGGCCACUGCUACAGCAUUCAAAGAGAAUUCAAAACAUGGAAGGAUGCUCUGACUUCAUGUAAGGGGCAGGGUGGAGACUUGGCCAGUGUCCACAACAUCGCUGAGUACAGCUUUCUUGUGUCACAGCUUGGUUACAAGCCAACAGAAGAGCUAUGGCUGGGCCUGAAUGACUUGAAGAAUCAUUUCUACUUCGAGUGGAGUGAUGGGACCCCUGUGACAUUCACCACAUGGCAGCGCAGACAACCCACCUACAGAAACGAUCUAGAGGACUGUGUUGUUAUGAAGGGGCAGGAUGGGUACUGGGCAACUGAAAUUUGUGAUAAGCAACUUGGUUACAUCUGUAAAAAGAAGCCAUCAUCACAAUCUCCUGAGGAAAAGAUCAAGGACCCAGGCUGCCAGGAAGGUUGGAAAAGAUAUGGUUUUCACUGUUAUUUAGUGGGUACUGCGCUUGUCACAUUCUCAGAUGCAAAUAAGACAUGCGAACAGAGCAAUGCUUAUCUAGCUACAGUGGAAACCAGGAAUGAGCAAGCCUUCCUCAUUAGUCUGACUGGGCUGAGGUCUGAAAAGUAUUUCUGGCUUGGCCUCUCUGACACAGAAGAACAAGGGAUGUUCAGGUGGACCAGUGGUGAAACUCCUUCCUUCACACACUGGAAUUCAGGAAUGCCAGGAAAAGAGCAAGGCUGUGUCGCCAUGGGAACUGGAGCUGGUGCUGGAUUAUGGGAUGUCAUUAGCUGCCAGGAGACAGCAAAUUUCCUUUGCAAGCAGUUGGCAGUGGAAGUGCCUCCACUGGCUCUUCCUGCCCAGGUCUCUGCAGCCACCUGUGCCCAGGGCUGGGAUGGAGCCCCACAGGCAGACUCCUGCUUCAAGUUCUUUGUGAGGGAUAAAAACUUAAAGAAGAAUUGGUUCGAAGCUGAAGAAUUCUGUAGAGAAAUAGGAGGAAAUCUGGUCACAAUCAAUUCAAAAGAAGAUCAAACUUUAAUAUGGCAGUUAGCAUUGGAAAAAGGACUGCAAACUCAGGGUUUCUGGAUUGGUUUGUUUUUCUUAAAUCCUGAUGAAGGAUUUACCUGGAUUGAUGGUUCUCCUGUAACUUAUAAGAACUGGGAUGAAGGCGAACCUAAUAAUGCUGAAGGAAUUGAACAUUGUGUUAUGUUUAUUAGAUCACCUCAAAUGCGCUGGAAUGACUUGUACUGUGAACAUUUGCUUAAUUGGAUUUGUGAAACUAAAAAAGGUACGCUGCUAAAACCUGAACCAAACAACAAAGAUGAAUAUCAAGCUGUACAAAAUUCUGAUGGCUGGAUUAUAUACGAAGACAAGCAGUACUAUUUCAGCACAGAAAGUGUCCCUAUGGAAAAAGCACGGAAAAUUUGCCAGAGGAACUUUGCAGAUCUCGUUGUCAUUGAGAAUGAAAAUGAAAGACGAUUUAUAUGGAAAUAUAUUAACAGAAAACUGAGUGAUAUAUUUCUCGAAAGGGAAUCAUAUUUCAUUGGCUUAUUUGUCAGUUCUGAUCAGAAACUCAGCUGGCUGGGUAAAACCCCAGUGAACUAUGUUGCCUGGGCUCCAGGUGAACCCAAUUAUUCACAUAAUGAUAAAAACUGUGUGGUAAUCACAAAAGAUUUUGGCUUUUGGAACAGUAUAAACUGUGGUUUGAAAAAUAACUUCAUCUGUGAAAGGCACAAUUCAACUUACUCAGGAUUUGUUCCUACUGUACUCCCACCUCUGGGAGGAUGUCCUGAAAUGUGGAUUUUGUUUCAAAAUAAGUGUUAUAAAAUAAUUGGAUCCAGGGAAGAAGAGAGACUAACUUGGUACUCUGCGAGAAGAGCUUGUGUAGAACUUGGGGGAAAUUUGGCCUCUAUACACAGUGCUCAAGUACAAGCAUUCCUCACUUUCCAUCUAAAGGAUGUCACUGAUGAGACGUGGAUAGGAUUAAAUGAUGAGCAUUCAUACAUUUGGACAGAUGGGAGCCCUUAUGAUUAUGCAUGUUGGGCAAGAGGAUUCCCUUUGCAUAAAUACAAUAGAAUUGGCACAAAGGUUGACUGUAUUGCAAUGACAAUGAGAUCUGUAGAUGAAGCAGGGAAGUGGGAAAACACAGACUGCCAUCAUAACAAAAGCUAUAUUUGCCACAUGGACAGCAAGCCUGAACUAUUCCAUACCACAUCUGCUCCAGAUUCUGACUUCUUCCAUUAUGGUAACAGUAGCUAUUUAAUCAUUCCUUCUAAAAUGAGUUGGGAAGAAGCAAGAAAAGCCUGCAGGGAGAAAUCUUCGGAGCUUGCCAGCAUUUCAGAUUAUUACUGUAAUAAGCUCCUUCUGCUCCAGGCAACACAAUAUGGUGAGCCCCUAUGGAUUGGACUCAACAGUAAUAUGGGUUAUGGGUACUUUAGAUGGAGUGAUAAAAAGAAGGUUGAUUUUUCUAAUUGGCGCUAUGGAGAACCAGAAGAGAAAAUAGCGUGUGUCUUCCUAGAGCUCAGUGGGAAAUGGAAAACAGCACCUUGUAAUGAAAAGCAUUUUUCUGUCUGCAAAAAAUCUGAGGAUAUAGUUCCAUCUGAUCCUCCACAGGAUAUUGGAAGAUGUCCUCAGUCAGGUCACAUCACUUGGAUUCCUUUCCGAAGUCACUGCUAUUACUUUAAUGCCAAUGAGAUGAGCUGGGUUCAGUCCGUGACUCAAUGCAUUCGGUCAGGUGGAAUGCUGACUUCUGUAGAAGACUUGACUGAAUCCAACUUCCUGGCAGAACAUGCAGACUCAUACACAAGCAAGACAAGUGGCUUUUGGAUAGGAUUAUACAGAAAUAUAAAUGGGCAGCUGGUAUGGCAAGACAACAGUGCAUUGGACUUUGUCAACUGGGAUGAAGCAGAGCCCUUGGAAGAGCAGAGUGAAAAUGAGUACUGUGUGCAGCUUUCUGCCUCCUCUGGGUCCUGGAAUAGCAUCCCUUGCUCCUCCGGAAAGGGGUUUAUCUGUAAGACACCAAAGACUGUUCCUGCAGUUGCAAAUGCGAAAGGUGGCCAAAAGCACAGUGAUCAGAGAACUGUUUGGAUACUCCUUAUUCUGGUCCUCUUCAUUUUAGUGGGUGUGGGCAUCAUGGUUUAUUUCUUCUUCAAGAUCAAAAUACAGAGUGAGGCUGAACCAGCAGUGGGGCUGCGCAGCAUGCUGCUGGAGUACAGCAAUGCCCUGGCUGGAGGGGACGAUGAAAAUGAUCCUGCCAGCAGCAAAGGAGGAAGUGAACACAGUGCUGUGCAUUGUGAAAACACAGCUACUCUAUAAAUCCGAGCUUAAAAAGUAAUCUACCUAGAACAAACAAAUCUUAGUAAACCAACAUAUAAUAUGAACUAAAGCAGCAAUCAUUCUUUUGGUAUGGGUUAAGUGCUAUAGAACUAUGCAUCUUAAAGUGAGACACCUGUCCUUCAUUCAUGGCUUCAAUUUACAUUAGACAUACUCUACAACUUUGAAUAUUUUGCAUCAACUGUGAGACUUUAAAGGAUCUGUCUAUCUGUAAAUAAAAAUUCUAUAUCUUACAUAAUGGUACUUAUGUGUUGAAUUAGCAUAUGGAGAUGUUAUAAGAUUGAUUGAAUGUCAUUAACCUUGAGAGGCUAAUAGGAAGAAACAUGAAAACAAGACAUGUAACUAAGAAGAAAUAUAAAUAAGCUAUAAAACAAGUGAUAAAUAAAGCCGGUAGAAUCUAUUCCUGUUUUUAUUUCACUUGGCAGCUCAUUUUUGGAUAUUUUCUCUUAUCAUCCUCCAGCUCUCUGACUGAACUGAAGACAGGACACUGUCCAUGCUGCUCCUGAGAAAACACAGCCCAGCAAGGAGCAGAGCAUAGAGCAGUGCCUUGGCAGUGUGCUGCUUUACAGGACUACUGUGCUGUUUGUUGUCUAUAAAUUCUGCAUGUAUGGCGAACUGCAAAAUAAAAUGAAAAGAUCUCAAGGAUUUCUAGAGAAAACAGACCCUUGAAAAGUUUGUGAGAACUAUAUAAGAGAGAUCAUUGGGAAGGAAAGAUGCCCAUGACAUUGGACUCUUGGCUUGCAGAUGUUGCUGUCAAACAAAAAAAUACUGCAGAAGCUGGGAGUGAAGGGCAUUCUGUGUUUGAGAUAUUUUUACUGAGUCCCCUUUGUAUUUCACAUUUUUUCACUUUGUAUAAAUUACAGCAUGUAGCCCUGUUUAUCUUUUUUUAAUUACUGACACCAAUUUCAGUCAAGUGCUGUUUGAUGGGCAAUGAUAUACCCUAGGCAAACAAAAAGAGUAAAGAAAUAAAUAAAAGCUCCAUAAAUGUAGUAAAUAAUGUCAUAAUAGUAGUCGUAUUUUGACAGCUGAUAUUGGUAGCACACCUCUAUAUGCUAUAAAUGGUUUUAUUCUCACACACUGACACUUAGUUUUGCAGAAUCUAUUGUGAAUUUGUCUUAAAACUGUGAAAAACAUAGGAAUUAUGUUGGCAAUUUCUGCUUAAUAUUGUUCCUUCCAAAUAAAGAAAGGUUUUUGUGGUUUUUAUUCUUUCACCAUGGCUAAAUUUGAUUUCAUCUUAAUAAAGGGUUACAGCUCA